CAUACACACACACUAUCUCGCUUACUCCUUAGCCUUGCCUCUAAAGAGAAUCUUAUAAUCAGGUCACAUUUCACUGUAGAUCUCUACCCGAGAGGAAGAGAAGUCUGCGAGUGUUCUGAAUCGCAUCUUCUAAGAGCAUCACAUACAGCCAUGGUCGGGAUGAGAGAUCUGGGAUGCCUUCUUGUCCCCGUCUUGGUUCUGGUGGGGUCCUCGAUGCAAGGGGACGUGAAAAGUGGAAAAGAAGCGCAGAAUGCGGGGAAUUUCAUGGAAGACGAGCAGUGGCUGUCCACCAUUUCCCAGUACAGCCGCAAGAUCAAACACUGGAAUCGCUUCAGAGAUGAAGUGGAGGAUGACUACAUCCGAACGUUGGAAGACAACCAAGGCUCUGAUGAAAACAUGGACACCACCAAAGACCCCUGUCAGAAGGUGAAGUGCAGCCGACACAAGGUGUGCAUCGCCCAGGGCUACCAGAGGGCCAUGUGCAUCAACCGCAAGAAGGUGGAGCACAGAAUCAGACAGCCCGCCCUUAAGCCUCACGAAGGCAACUGCAAGCCGUGUCCCGUGUCCGCCUCUACCCCGGUGUGCGGUUCAGACGGGCACAACUACGCCUCUCAGUGCAAGAUGGAGCAGCAGGGAUGCCUCACAGGGAAGGAGUUGAGUGUGAAGUGUGCUGGCCUUUGCCCCUGCACCACAGAAACCAUCCCCACCUCCGACUCCCAGGGCAAACAUGAGACCUGCACCGGGCAGGACCUGGCAGACCUGGGAGACCGCCUCCGGGACUGGUUCCAGCUCCUCCACGGCAACGCCAAGCAGAACAACUCUGGCAAGCCUGGAGCCAGCACUGCAUCAGUUUUGGAUAAGAGUCUGGUGGCCAGCUGCAAGGACUCUAUUGGCUGGAUGUUCUCCAAGCUGGAUACAAAUAAUGACCUCUACCUGGACCAGGCCGAGCUGGCAGCCAUCAAUCUGGACAAGUAUGAGAUCUGCAUCCGGCCCUUCUUCAACUCCUGCGACAGCUACAAGGACGGGAAGGUGUCCACUGCAGAAUGGUGCCUCUGCUUCUGGAGGGAAAAGCCCCCUUGCCUGGCAGAGCUAGAGAGGAUCCAAGUGCAGGAGGUGGCCAAAAAGAAGCCUGGCAUGUACAUCCCCAACUGCGAUGAGGACGGCUAUUACAGGAAGCAGCAGUGCGACCAGGGCAAGGGGGAGUGCUGGUGCGUGGACCAGCACGGAGCCGAGCUCCCAGGCUCGCGAAUCCAUGGCAACCCCGACUGCGAUGAACUGGUGGGGUAUUCGGGGGAUUUUGGCAGUGGGGUCGGAUGGGAGGAUGAAGAGGAGAAAGAGGCGGAAGAGAACGCAGAAGAGGUGGAGGAGGAGGAGGAGGGGGAGGCGGGAGAGGCCGAUGACGGAGGAUACAUCUGGUAGAAUAGAUUAAACAGGGGGAGCCUGGUGAGCUGCGGCAUGGCACUGGCCAGUGCGGCAGGACCGGCUCUCUCUCUCUUUCGCAGAAAAGGAUUGUGGGAACUGAAGGGGCAGACAUCUUUAAACCAUGCUGGGUACAGCACUGACUCCAGGGGGUGGGAAUGGGUGGGGCGGGUGGGAUUGACCAGGUUUGGUCUUAAAUAUGUGUGACACUUCAUUCUUUUCUGUUUUGUGUGCAAGAGAGAUUUCCGUUAAGCAGUCUUUAGCACCUGGAGUCACAGACACUCUCCAGGGUGUUUGGUUCGCCGCAGCAAACAUUACUCAGGCUAGCGCUGAAUACCUUCCCGAACCGUAUACUUGACCCGCGCAAAAAAGGAAAAUGUCAUAAUAUCUGCUACAGGCAAGCAAAAAAAGCGCUAUCUCUUUAACACAAUGGAAUGGUUAGCGUGUAGUUAUUCAACAAAUUAGUUAUGCGAUUUUAAUGAAGAUCUAAUGAACAAGCUGUUACAAUUCCCAGAGAACAAUGCGUCCCACCUACAGAACAUCUCCCAUUGCUGCCUCUGAUAUUUCUCAUUUAAGAGGCAGAUUGACAUUCACGCCCGGGUACCAGAGGACGCUGCAAGGCUGGCAGAGGUCCCUGUGCGGACACCGCCACGUCCUGCAUCUGACGUGUCAUUCCGUUAACCGUUGACUGCAGCGCCGAACAACAGCCGUAGCAGGAAGGUCCCCCGCGGUUCUCCCGUUGACUGACGUGGCAGCUGUGUCCGUGUGCCACCCCCCUCAGUAACCUGGGAGGUGGAUCUGUUUGUUUGCUUGUCGCCGACUGACAGGCCUGGCAGCGAUCUGGGUUGUCUGGGUACAGGCAGCUGUACCUUAUUAACACAACACGCUAGGCCCAGCACUGGCAGAACCAGCCAAGUCGACACAGCAGCAGCAGCUGAAGCUGGUGGGUGACUGGGCGCCUAGUGGACUUUGUCGGGCCUGUGGCGGACAUGGACACAGGAGAGGUAACAGCGUGGUCGCAAGUACAGUAGUAGCAGGUUGGUUGAGUCAGUGGCACCUCAUUCCUAGUAGAACAAGCUGCGCUCUGCAAAUGCAUGAAAGACAAAGUGCGGAACUGAAACUCGGCAUGUUCCCGAUCUUCCGGGAUUUCUGCAGUUUUAUCGCGGAGCACCUGAGGAGGGGCUGAUAGCUUCCCCUCCUCAGGGACUGUCUUAAAGGCUUUUCCCGUGUCUGUCUCCUUUGAGUCCCCAUCACCACCGAAAACGAGACGUCUCAGAUUGCCGUUCAACAUUUCUGCUUUCUCAAUGUUUCCCGUCCCCGAAAGUACAGUCCUCUUUGAAACGGAAUGCAGCUGAUUUGAUCUUGCAUGAGAAAGACAGGUAGCUAAACUUUAUUUUAUGUUUCUGCAGUGGUGGGUUAUACUGCAGAGUUAUAUUCAGGCUUUAGAGCUCUUAAUCAGUUGAACUGUGUUGUUUUUUUAAAAGUGUGACACUUUCUGGGAGAGCUGGGGUGAAAAGGCAGAGGCUGACUUUGAAAUGAGAUCUUGAAAGAACUCUGUACCCGAUGGGGAGCCUUUGAAUGUAUCAGCCAGCCUGAUUGUGCCAUCCGCCAUCUUAUCAGUUCUUUGUGAUGUUGCCGAAUGCAGGGCUACCACUCUGAGGUGUAGAAGGUAUCAACAAGGCUGAAGGAAUUAGAACAUUUCAGGAGCCACUGGCCAUGACCAGGGCACUGCGUCAGAAAGUGUAGCAGUCCAGCAGCCCCAAAGGGUAUUGCAAAGCUAGUGUUGGUCAUUUCUAAACAUACAUACUAAAAACAGCACAGAAUCGGUACAGAACAGCAUAUAAUUCUUACAGCAUCAAAUACAACCUCUGCAUUGUAAUAAUAAGCAUGCUGUUUUCGUGUAGUGGGAUGCGAUUUCCAUCUUUUCCCUUUGCCCUCAAGCAUACGGCCCGGUUAGAAGAAGACAGCCUGAGACUUAGAGAUAUCUUUCUUAGUAGUGCAAGGAACACAGUUUGCAAUGUUCCAUUGUAGUGCUUUACAUGAAUUAUAGAUAGCUGUGUUACCUACAGUGGUACAGUAAUAGAGGGGAAAAGCAAUGUGUUGCAGGCUUACAGUUUAGGUUAUAAGAAACAGGGUCAUUUAGUUAGGGUUUUGUGCUACUGCUAAGCUGAAAAAUGUACACAUAUUCACAUGUACAUAACUAUAAAAUGUGAUAUGAAUAAACAUGACACAAUGUUUUUUUUGGUUUAUUGUUCUACUAUGGCUUUUUGGUGUACUUUAAAAGGUCCAUCUUGAAGGCUUUUUUCAUUUGGAUUGCUGUGAUGAAAUUUGCCUCUGGAGCGUCUGGAUGAAGAACUUCAGAUACGGCUUCUUUUUGCAGUUUUCUGAUGAAGAUGCUAGCUGUUCUGCAGCUGUCAGUUUAGUGUAUGUACAGCCACCUCAGACACACAGAGGGUUAAGUCCUCUAGCUCAAGAUUGCUUUGGAGUGCAUAGAAAGACACCAAUUACAGCCCUUUAAAUAAAAAGGCAGUUUUUCAGCUGCUCCUAAAAUCAUACUUCUAAAGAAUGUGCCACUUAAGCUCUAUUUUCAU